CUGAUUUGGUAGAUUAACAAAUAACAAGUAUUUUUUAAUAUACUUCUAAUUCUUUCGGAUUUUUCGUUGGACUCUUCCUGGUCCUGUCCCUUUAUACUCCAUUUUACAUAGUGAAUUUUCUUUGUCACGCCAAUGAACAAUGUGUGUUUCACGAAGAAGAGCCUGAAUCGGGAGAAGAAACGUCCGAAAUCCAAAUUGAAGCUUCAACGACCAUAAACCCUUUUCGUUUGGUCGCAAGUGGAACAUCAUCGGCUGUUUUUUCCAUCAAAGUCACUUCCGUUGUCCAUACAAUGAACUUAGAGACUGGAGCUGCUACAAUAGAUUGUUCUGCUGAAAGCCAGUUAGUUGCAUGUGAGGAUAAUGUGGUUAGGGAGCCAUUUAUUGGAAUGGAGUUCGAGUCAGAAGAUGCUGCCAAAGGAUUUUAUGAUGACUAUGCUAAGCGUGUUGGGUUUAUCAUGCGCAUUGAUCAGUGCCGGCGUUCAGAAGUCGACAAGAGAAUCCUUUCACGACGACUUUCAUGUAACAAGCAAGGCUAUUACGUGAAAAUGAAAAACCAUUAUGGACCACCUAGAAAAACACGCACUAGCACACGAGAAGGGUGCAAGGCAAUGAUGUUGGUAAAGGUUAACAAGUCUGAUAAGUGGGUUGUGACGAGAUUCGUGAAGGAGCAUACCCAUCCAUUGAUUGCUUCUGGAUGUUCUUCUCGUAAUGCAAUGGAUAAAAAGGACAGGAGGAUCCUAGAACUGUCGGCGGAGUUGGAGCAUCAGGAUAAAUUAUGUGACCUAUACAGAGAGCAGCUAAUUACUUUUUUGGAAAAUGUUGAGCAGCAGAUGGAGCUUUUGUCAAAGAAAAUUGAAGUAGCUGUCAACAAUGUAAAAGAAAUAGAAGCAGAAGUUCAAAAGCCAUCCAAUAACCAGUAGCCAUGUGUAAGUAUUUAGAUGUUGGUAUGGUGUUAUCCUUUUGUAGCUUGACAAAACAUUUGAUUACCCUAAUCUGUCAUUUUGGAAAAGUGGAGAACAAGAAGGAGAAACUGGAAAAGACAAGUUUUUCCGGAAUGUUAUGUCACGUUCUGUUCAUCUAACGUCACUGAAAUUUAUUUCACUGGAUUAUGUAGCUUCUUGCUUGCUGGUUCAGAUUUAUAUUGUAUAAACUCAAAUGAUUUGGUGGAAGCUGAUGGAAUCUGCCUGCUACUAGUCCCCAGAAUGUUAACUGCUCUUUAUUUGGUCAAAUGACGCUGAAGCAGUCUUAGUUUUUUGCUUACGAGCAAUUGUAAAAGAACAUGGACAGUGUAUCAAGCAGAGCUUAGGAGAUUGUUGACGCAUAAUUGCUUAGUUUACAUUGUUUAAACUGGCUUUGGAGGUUAUUGACGUAUACUUGUGUAAUUUACAUUGCUUAAACUAGCUUUGGAGAUUAUUGAUGUUUAGUAUACAUAUAUGUAAAGUUCGUUAGUGAUGGAUGCAGAGCAUGAUUUAUAACAGAGGUAGUUUGUGGCCUUGUGGGUAAA